AUGAGUGCAGGUGGACACCCAAAAGCGUUACAAGGCACCAUGCGGGUUCCAGUGGAGAUGGAGUAUGAGUUAGGGGAGCAGACAGAGGUGCGCCUGAGGGAAAUGAGUGCCCGCUGUGUAGGAGAAACCAUAGAUGUGGAGUACUAUUAUGAUACUGAGAGCUUCCAGCUGGCAUCUACACAGACCUGGUUGAAUCAGCACAAGGGCCAAUGGGGACUGAUCCUGGCACAAGACUUAUCAGAGGAGACCAAAUCAUCUGAAGUAGACUUAAUGCAGUCUGAGAAGAAGAAAAGCAGCACGGUUGGCUUUUCACCUGAGGAAAGACUUAAAACAGACACUGGCUGUAUAAAAAGACCAGGAAGUGAUUGUCCUGAGAGUGAAAAAACAGCAGCAGAAACAGGAUCCAUAUACACAGAGCUGAAUGACCCACACUCCAUUAUGAUGCACAUCACAAAGUGUCUGCAACUUCCUUUGACGCACGCUGAAAUACAAAAUAUGACUAUGAUGAACUUCUUGAGGAAGGCCAGAAUCCAGAUUUACGACAGCUGGACGAGGUCCAGAUCAUUAAAGUAUUCUCUGCCUGGUGGCUUCAUGGUGGUGGUGGAGAGAAAUAACAAAACUCCCACUGUACCCCCCUCUGUGCUUUUGACAAUGGAUGCAGAUGUGCUCAACAUCAGCAGUGAACUGGAAAGAAUGGACCAGCUACACAAAGAGUUGGGCCUUAAACUUAAGGCAAGCUCAGAUACAAGAUCAAAGAUGACUGAGCUGUGAUUUAGUGAUCAGCGCAUAUGUUUGGAUACAUCAAGCUUUGUUGCUUAUGUGUGUUUUGAGUUUAACUUUGUAAACACAUUGUGCAGUUUUGCAUUUUGUUUCCUAUCAGUGCCUAAAAUUAAUUAACACUGUGCCAAAUUUGUGUAAAAAUCAGCAUUGGCGACUAUAUAAAACCGUGUCAAUCAUCA